AUGAUGGUGGCCAAGAGCUUCUCGGAGUCCGGGCGGUGCGAGUUCUUCAGUCCGAGGGAGAACAUCGUCACCCACUCCUACACAAUGGUCAUGAAGAAGGGAUCACCGUUCACCAAUAACUUCAACUUCUGGCUGCGGCAACUGCAGGAGAGAGGGUGGGUGGAGCAGCUGGUUAAGAGGCAGGUCGACAAUGGAACAGUGUGCAGCCUUCCUCCAGGCCAGGAGGACGGGCAGCGACCCCCGUCCCCACUCCACAUCCUCCAAAUGUGGGGGAUCUUCGCUAUUUUGGCAGCUGGUGUAGGAGGGGCUGGUCUGGUCUUCCUGCUGGAGCUGCUGGUCUUCAAAGUCCCUCAAAAUCACAAGCUACAAAUGUAAGGGUCCGUCACCAUCACCAGCUACAAGUGUA